UUGAGAACUUCGUGGAACACGAUGAUAGCAUACAGAGCAUAAAUCCAAAAUAGGAGAUAGUCAUUAGAGAAAAAAAUCAAUAAAAUAUCAACUCUGUUUUCAUAGCUAUUAUUUCUGUCUCUUAACAUUAAACUGAUAACCUCGUGUUACAUUCACCUCAAUUUUAUAUAUUGUCAUCUCAUCACUACACAAAGCUUAUGCAUUAUCUCUAUAUAAGUAUUGUCUAUAAUUAACAUAGUAAGACACAAUUCAAAACAUCAUAAACCACAAACAAUCCAAGAAACAAUGAAAUUCAUUCCACUAUGUUUCCUAAUUUCUCUCUUGGUAUUGUUCAACACAAAACCACUACAAGGAGCUGAACCAGAACCAGUUGUAGACAAACAAGGUAACCCUCUUCAACCAGGAGAAGGUUACUAUGUUUUUCCACUUUGGGCAGACAAUGGAGGCAUAACAUUAGGACAAACAAGAAACAAAACAUGUCCUCUUGAUGUUAUUCGUAACCCCGAUGCAAUCGGUUCGCCGGUGACUUUCUCUGCAUCAGGUCUUGAUUACAUUCCAACACUCACUGAUCUUACUAUUCAAAUUCCAAUUUUGGGUACUCCUUGCAAUGAACCAAAAAUAUGGAAACUUUCAAAGGUUGGUUCUGGUUUUUGGUUUGUGAGUACUGGUGGUGUAGCUGGAGAUCUUAUCAGUAAGUUCAAGAUUGAGAGAUUAGCAGGAGAACAUGCUUAUGAAAUCUAUAGCUUUAAGUUCUGUCCUUCUGUUCCUGGUGUUCUUUGUGCUCCUAUUGGUACUUUUGAAGAUGCUGAUGGAACUAAAGUUAUGGCUGUUGGUGAUGGUAUUGAACCUUAUUAUGUUAGGUUUCAGAAGGUUUCUACUUUUGUUCAGAAGAAAAAUCAAGAUUUGAGCAGCAUGUAAUUGUAGUUUGUUUUUUAUUUUGUGCUGCGUAGUGAAGUAGGAUGGGUCAUAAUAAGGCACAAAAGUGAAAUGAAAAAAUAAAUUAUAGCAUUUUACUCAUA